UGACGCGUACUGACCUUCGUCGGCCGCCAUCCUUGCAGCUUCGGAGGCUGCAGCCAGAUGUUGAGGUGCGGCCUCGGGGCUGUGGACCGUAAGGCAGUGUUUAGAGAAGUGAUUCCAUGAUUUGUCUCCAGCGGGAAGACGGAGGUCAGUGGUCAGAUCAGUGUCUGGUUCCGAGCGUGUUUCGAGACCACGUUGAGCAUUUUUGUCAUCUGCAAAUCAUUUUGGUCAAGUGGCAAGGGUAUGGACUGUGGAGUAAGAAGAGCCUGCUUCUGCCUCUGGUUCUAAUCUACAGGAACAAGAUAUUUUUAGUACUAGAAGAAGAAGGUUCCAGGUUUUGGGAGAUCAUCAUUUCUGGCAGCAGCCUGACCUGAGAUAUCUGACCACAACUUCCUGGCAGGCUCAGAGAGACAGUGGACAGAGCACAGCCUAGAAUUGCCAGUGUUUCUUUAGAACUUGAGGAAAUGAUCAAGGCCCAGGGAUCGUUAUCAUUUGAGGACGUGGCUGUGGGCUUCACCUGGGAAGAGUGGCAGUUAUUGGAUUCAUCUCAGAAGGACCUCUACAGGGAUGUAAUGUUGGAGAACUACAGCAACCUAGUGUCAUUAGGAUGUCAAGCUACCAAACCAGAUUCAGUCUUCCAAUUGGAGCAAGGAGGACCACCAUGGAUAGCAGAGGGAGCAGCCCAUAAUCCAACCUGUUCAGAAGAAAUAUGGGAGAUUGAUCAUAUGCAGUGGCACCCAGAAAACCAAAACGAGAUUAAAACUUUGGAAAGAUGUCAACAAAGUUAUGCACUUGGAAAUAAUUUCGAUUUAUGCAAAAGUCUUGUUCCUUUAACACCAAGGCACAAUAAGUUUGGCUCACAUUGUAAAAAUUUGAAAUCACAUUUAGAUUUUGUUAUCCAGAAUAGAAGAUAUGCAGGAAAGGAUUCUGAUGAGUUUAGUGUCUAUGGGAAAUCAUCUCUCUACAUCCAGAAUGACAAAACUCUUACUGGAAUUAAAUAUCAUGGAUGUGUUAAACCCAGUAGCACUAAAUCACAACUCAGGGACCAUCAAAAAACUUAUCUAGGAAAGAAACCACAUGAAUGCAGUCAGUGUGGGAAAGCCUUCUCCAGGAAGGCACAGCUCAUUAGACAUCAGAGAAUAGAAAGAGGAGAGAAACCCCAUGGAUGCAAUGAAUGUGGGAAAACAUUCAUGAGGAAGAUUCAGCUCACUGAACAUCAGAGAACUCACACAGGAGAGAAACCCCAUGAAUGUAAUGAAUGUGGAAAAGCCUUUUCCAGAAAGUCACAACUUAUGGUACAUCAGAGAACUCAUACAGGAGAGAAACCCUAUGGAUGUAGUGAAUGUGGCAAAGCCUUCAGCCGGAAGUGCAGGCUCAAUAGACAUCAGCGAUCUCAUACCGGAGAGAAACUCUAUGGAUGCAGCGUGUGUGGGAAAGCCUUUUCCCAGAAGGCGUACCUCAUUGCACAUCAGAGACUUCACACAGGAGAGAAGCCUUAUGAAUGCAAUGAAUGUGGAAGAACCUUCUUUUUUAAGUCAGACCUGACCAAGCAUCAGCGAAUUCAUACAGGAGAGAAACCUUAUGAAUGUAGUGAGUGUGAAAAAGCCUUCAGAAGCAAGUCAAAGCUCAUUCAGCAUCAGCGAACUCAUACUGGAGAGAGACCAUAUGUCUGCAGUGAAUGUGGCAAAGCCUUUGCCCACAUGUCAGUCCUCAUUAAGCAUAAGAAAACUCAUACACGAGAGAAAACUACAAAUUCACUGAAGGUGGACAAAGCUUCCUCCGGGAGUCAAAGCUCUUUGUAUAUGAGUGAACUCUUACAGGAGCAAAACUCUGUGAACACAGUACCUGUGGAAAUGUCUUCUGCGGGAACUCAGCCCUUGUUAAACAUUGGCUGUCAAGCUACCAAACCAGAUACGAUCCUUAAUUUCAAGCAUGGAGAAGAGCCAUGGAGAGUAGAAGAAGAAUUACAAUGUCAGUGCUUUUCAGCUCAUUCUGUUGUGGGUACACUGGCUCUCAACCAGAAGUCAGAUCGCACUAAUUAUGACUCAACUCUGUUAGGGAAGAAACCACCUGGAUGCAAUGAAUGUGCAGUGAAUACUUAUAAACCAUUUAUGACCAUGCCUCAGAAAACUCAUGCAGGAAAGAAAUCUCACGAAUGCUAUGAUUGUAGGAAAGCCUUUCCCAGUAAGUUGAAGCUAAUUACUCAUCAGGAAACUCACAAAGGGGAGAGAUCAUUUGGAUGCAAUCAGUGUCAAAAAGCCUGCGUUACGAAGUCAGCACUCAUCUAUCAUCAGAAAACUCAUCAUAGGGAAGGGAAAUCCUAUGCAUGCAGUAAAUGUGGGAAAGCUUUUCCUUGGAAGUCAAAACUCAUUUUACAUCAGAGAACUCAUUCAGGAGAGAGACCCUUCAGAUGCAGAAUAUGUGAUAAAGCCUUCAUGGUUAGGACACAUCUCACUGUACAUCAGAGAACUCACACAGGAGAGACCCCUUAUGAAUGCUCAGACUGUGACAAAGCCUUCUCAAAAAAGGCUCAGCUCGUGAUUCAUCAGCAAAUUCACACAGGAAAGAGACCGUAUGGAUGCAGUGAAUGUCAACAGACUUUCAUCCAGAAGUCAGAUCUCACUAAUCAUAAGAAAACUCAUCAUGCAGCAGGGAAAUCCCGUGAAUGCAGUGAAUGUGGGAGGGUUUUGUCCUCUAAAUCAACUCUCAUUGUGCAUCAGAGAACCCAUACAGGUGAGAAACCCUUCAAAUGUAUUGUAUGUGAUAAAGCCUUCACAUCAAAGGCACAUCUCAUUGUACACCAGAGAAUUCAUACCGGGGAGAAACCCUAUGAAUGCUUGAAUUGUGAGAAAGCCUUCUCCACUAAGGCACAUCUCAUGAUUCAUCAGCGAAUUCACACAGGGGAGAGACCAUACAUAUGCAAUCAGUGUCAAAAAUCCUUCGUUACAAAGUCAGCAUUCAUCUAUCAUCAGAAAACUCGUCAUAGAGAAGGGAAAUCCUAUACAUGCAGUAAAUGUGGGAAAGCUUUUCCUUGGAAGUCAAAACUCGUUUUACAUCAGAGAACUCAUUCAGGAGAGAGACCCUUCAGAUGCAGAAUAUGUGAUAAAGCCUUCAUGGUUAGGACACAUCUCACUGUACAUCAGAGAACUCACACAGGAGAGAAGCCUUAUGAAUGCUCAGACUGUGACAAAGCCUUCUCAAAAAAGGCUCAGCUUGUGAUUCAUCAGCGAAUUCACACAGGAGAGAGACCGUAUGGAUGCAGUGAAUGUCAACAGACUUUCAUCCAGAAGUCAGAUCUCACUAAUCAUAAGAAAACUCAUCAUGCAGCAGGGAAAUCCCAUGAAUGCAAUGAAUGUGGGAGGGUUUUGUCCUCUAAGUCAACUCUCAUUGUGCAUCAGAGAACCCAUACAGGUGAGAAACCCUUCAAAUGCAGUGUAUGUGAUAAAGCCUUCACAUCAAAGGCACAUCUCAUUGUACACCAGAGAAUUCAUACCGGGGAGAAACCCUAUGAAUGCUUGAAUUGUGAGAAAGCCUUCUCUACUAAAGCACAUCUCAUGAUUCAUAAGCGAAUUCACACAGGGGAGAGACCUUACGAAUGCAAUCAGUGUCAACAAGCUUUCAUCCAGAAGUCAGGCCUCACUAACCAUCUGCAAAAUUGUCAUGCAAAAGUGAAGUCCUAUGGGUGCAGUGAAUGUGGGAAAGUUUUGUCCUGUAAGUCAACCCUCACUAUACAUCAGAGAACCCAUUCAGGUGAGAAACCCUUCAAAUGCAGUGUAUGCGAUAAAGCUUUCACAGCUAAAUCCUAUCUCACUGUACACCAGAGAAUUCAUACAGGAGAGAAACCCUACGAAUGCUGUGAUUGUAAGAAGGCAUUUGCUACUUUGUCAACUCUCAUUAGUCAUCGGAGAACUCACACAGGAGAGAGGCCCUAUGGAUGCAAUGAAUGUCAAAAAGCCUUCUUUCGGAAAUCAGCUCUUAUUAAUCAUCAGCAAACUCAGCACAGAGGAAAAUCCUCCAUGGGAAUGUGAGGAAGUUUUUUUGAUUAGUCAUAUCUGUUCAUAGACUCAUACAGAAUAGAAAUGCCAUAAAUACUGUGUUUAUAAUAGACUCUUCUGGAAUUCCUAUACGAAAGAAACCUUAUAGAUGCAAUGCAAGUUGUAACCCUUCCAUUUGAAGACAUCCCCUCAUUAUACCAUGGGGGUCUUACCAAAGGAGAAACAUUAUAAAUGCAGUGAUUGUCAGAAGGCUUCAUUUGAAAGUCAGAGGCUGUGCAUUUAGGAGGCAACACUGUGGAUGUGGUGAAAGAAGAAGAAUACUUUUUCCAAUCAUAUUUGUUAUCCAUUAGGGUAUUCAUUCAGGAGAGGGACCCUGCAGUUGAGGUAAAUGCAGGAAAACCAAGAAAAAUAUAAUCUCAGUGUGCAUAAAAAUAAAAAUUUCAGGACUGUCUUGAUAUUGAGAGUAUUCCCCCAAAAGUCAAAACUCCUUGAGUAGUUUGUACAGGAGAGAAACGUUACAGAAGUGGUGAACGUGGUCACGUCUUCCCAAUUAACGCGUAUCUUCCUUACAUCGGCAAACUCGUACAGGAGGAAAACGCUGUUAGUGUAGUGAAGCCUUCAUGUAGAUGUCAGAGCUCGCUAAUCAUCAGCAAGCUCAUGUGAUAGAUACAUUCUAUUGAAAUAGGGAAUGUGGAAAGCUAUUGAAAAUGACAUGUUAUACACCAGCUACUUAAUUCAGGAGAGAAUGCAAGGGAUACAGCUAAUGUCUGCCUUUGAUCAUUGCACAGCAGGAAUGAAAUAAUAUGAAUUGCAGUGAUGGUCUAAAAUGCUUUUUACAAUUUAAAAUUCAGAGCUCCUUAGUUACCCACUAAGUCACAUAGCAGAGUGACCCUAUUCCCAGACAAAAUAAUUUCUAAAUUCAAUGAAGGUAUAAAAUCCUUAAGGAAUCAUUUUAUUCCAGCAAAUAUGUACAUUACAAGAAAUACUGUGAUUGUAGCCACUGAAAAUGCUUUCUGUGGAGGAUUGGUUAUCAUUAAGCAACAUAAGCUCUUAAAAAUGGAAUUUGGUUCACACAGAGAUUUUACGAAUACAGUGAAUGUGAACAAAGCAUCAAUGCUGAGUUACAUUUUUGUAGUACAUGAAUUUAUUUCUGCACAUCUGACAAUAUCUUAUAUUUUGAUGCAUGUUACGGUCAAUAGAAUGUCAUCAUUUAAUUGUCAGCAUUUUUCUGUUUGAUAGCAUUUUAGAUUUGAGUAAGUAAGCUUGGAAGCCAUAUAGGAUGAAAUCAUUUUAUAAGGGUUUAAUAUAAUUGUAGAAAGGAUUCCAGAAUAUUCUACAAAUAUUAGACAUUUUCGCUGUGCAAAUACAGCGCCAUUUGAAUAUAUGAAAAAAUCAGAACAUAAUAAGGAUCAGUUGAAUAGUGACAGGUUUGUAGUGGUUUUGUUGUGGGCUCUAUUACAUAAUUUGGACUUUUAUUCAACUUUAUUACUUUUUUGGAAUUACAUGAAGGAAUAUAAUAUUUAGGGUUCAAUAAAUUCUAGAAUAAUGAGUAAUCUAGUAUAAAUAGUUAUGUUAUACUUCCUUAUAAAUCAAAAUAUCUUGUGAUACUGUGUUCCCCCAAAAUAAGACCUACUUGGACCAUCAGCUCCA